UCGCUACUACCGGUAGAGAGACGGAGGGGGGAGUAACCAUCAUGGCUGCUACAGUGGUGAAGUUGGCGGCGGUACCGGCCGUGCUGGGACUAGCCUCGAUCCGCGUCUACGCCAUGAAUGAAGAGCGAACACAGCUGCUCUCACCGAGAGAGCUGUCGAUAUACGCCCCAGACCCCCCGGCCAUGCGCUACGUGGAGGAGGAGCCAGGGUUGCUCCAGAGAGGCCUGGGUGUGGUGCGGGUGGGGCUGCAGCCCUACGUCAGAGGAGUGAAGGGUGCAUACGCCUCUGCCAAGACUGGGGUUGUGUCAGUGUAUCGCUCUGGACAAGAUACCUAUCACUUCCUUAGAAACCCCCCUCCUGGUUUCCUCCCCAGGGUCGGUGUGAUCGGAGUCUCUGGCCUCGCUGGGCUAAUCCUGGCAAGGAAAGGGUCCCAUCUCAAGAGAAUAGGUGUUCCCCUGGGAAUGACCACUUUAGGGACUGCAGUUUGCUACCCCACUCAAACCGUGGGCAUCUUAAAGGUCACUGGAACAAAGAUUUACUCCGCCAGCCAGUGGACCACCUCAUCAGUGGCGUCGGUAUUUAAAUCCAAACCCAAAGAGCCGGCUGUCAGUCUGGAGCAAGCUUCACCAGUUCCAGUUUCUGAACCAGAAGGGCCGCCUGCCAAGCCUCUCCCUGGGGCUGGAUCGACUGAAGCAGCUUCGCCUGCUGUGGACGACCUCCCCUCCUCUGAGCCCAGCUCUGCCCCGGCCCCCCUGGGGGAGGCUGCCCCCGCCCCUGAGCCCCAGACAGAGGCUAGCCCCGCCCUUGAGAUAUCUCAAGUUGAACCUGAGCCAUGCCUAGCCCCUGAGACUGGCCUUGUGCCUGCUGCCCCUGUAGAGGCUGCCCCAGUAGAGGCUGCCCCAGUAGAGGCUGCGCCAGCAGAGGCUGUUCCAGUAGAGGCUGUUCCAGUAGAGGUUGCCCCUGUAGAAGAGGCAGCCCCAGUAGAGGCUGCUGCCCCUGUAGAAGAGGCUGCCCCAGUAGAGGCUGCUUCCCCAGUUGAAGAGGCUGCUACAGUAGAAGAGGCUGCCCCAGUAGAGGCUGCCCCAGUAGAGGCUGCGCCAGUAGAGGCUGUUCCAGUAGAGGUUUUCCCUGUAGAAGAGGCUACCCUUAUAGAGGCUCCUGCUCCAGAAGAGGCUGCUGCCCCAGUAGAGGCUGCUGCCCCAGUUGAAGAGGCUGCCCCAGUAGAGGCUCCUGCUCCAGAAGAGGCUCCUGCUCCAGUAGAGGCUGCUGCCCCAGUUGAAGAGGCUGCUGCCCCUGUAGAAGAGGCCGUCCCUGUAGAGGCUGCUGCCCCAGUUGAAGAGGCUGCUGCCCCAGUAGAGGCUGCUGCCCCAGUUGAAGAGGCUGCUGCCCCAGUAGAAGAGGCCACCCCUGUAGAAGAGGCUGUCCCUGUAGAGGCUGCUGCCCCAGUAGAGGCUGCUGCCCCAGUUGAAGAGGCUGCUGCCCCAGUAGAAGAGGCCACCCCUGUAGAAGAGGCCGUCCCUGUAGAGGCUGCUGACCCAGUAGAGGCUGCUGCCCCAGUUGAAGAGGCUGCUGCCCCUGUAGAAGAGGCCGUCCCUGUAGAGGCUGCUGCCCCAGUUGAAGAGGCUGCUGCCCCUGUAGAAGAGGCCGUCCCUGUAGAGGCUGCUGCCCCAGUUGAAGAGGCUGCUGCCCCUGUAGAAGAGGCCGUCCCUGUAGAGGCUGCUGCCCCAGUUGUUGAGGCUGCCCCAGUUGUAGAGGCUGCCCCAGUUGAAGAGGCUGCCCCAGUUGAAGAGGCUGCCCCAGUUGAAGAGGCUGCCCCAGUUGUAGAGGCUGCUGCCCCAGUUGAAGAGGCUGCUGCCCCAGUUGAAGAGGCUGCUGCCCCAGUUGAAGAGGCCGCCCCAGUAGAAGAGGCUGCCCCUGUAGAGGCCGCCCCUGUAGAGGCAGCUCCUGUAGAGGCUGCUCCUGCUGUAGAGGCUGCUCCUGCUGUAGAGGCUGCCCCUGUAGAGGCUGCUCCUGUAGAGGCCGCCCCUGUAGAGGCUACUCCUGCUGUAGAGGAAGUUCUCCCCUCUGCUCCUGAGGAGCUGGUUGCUCCUGAGAUUGUAGAAGUUGUGGUCAACGAGGACAGUGUUGUGAAACCACGAUUUGUGCCUGACCCCAAACUGGUGGACCACGGUCAGGGACACCCCGAGGAUGCUGACCUGUACAGCACACGAGGCUAAAGAGGAGGAGAGGGGGAGGAGAGGGUUUGAAGAGAGGAAGGAGGAGGGGGAGG